GGGGCCUAUGAUUAUGAAGACUCAACUCUCUCUGCUAGCCAGACGCCUUUUAUCCUAAACUUGGAAACGUGGUUUGUUUCGGACAAAAUGUUCGUGCCAAUACAUCGGUUAUUUGUUGUAGUUCAAGCUGCUGACUCGCUGCUCAAAUUGGUGUCGGAGUUGAAGCAGAUUGCAAUUUUCCCAGGAUUUGCAUCUCUGGAUGACCAUGUAGACCGUAAUUUUGCUGAAAGUACAAAUCGGAAAUUGUCGAGAAUUGGGGAGGAGGUUGCAGAGUCUCAUUACUACUCGUCCGUUAGUCCACACGAGGCUUCAGAGUAA